CACGAGCGGCGCCAUGGAGUUCCCCGACCUGGGCGCCCACUGCGCGGAGCCGUCCUGCCAGCGCCUCGACUUUCUUCCCUUGAAAUGUGAUGCUUGCGGGCAGCUAUUCUGCACCAACCAUGUUGCCUAUGCCCAUCACAACUGCACUUCAGCUUACAAAAAGGAUGUACAGAUCCCUGUGUGCCCACUCUGCAACACGCCCAUUCCUGUGAAGCGAGGAGAGAUGCCUGAUAUUGUGGUGGGUGCACACAUAGACCAGGACUGCAAAUCGGACCCAGCUCAGCGUAAGCGCAAGAUCUUCACCAACAAGUGUCAGCAGCCUGGCUGCAAGCAACGGGAGAUGAUGAAGGUUGUUUGUGACCAAUGUCAUGGAAACUUCUGCCUCAAGCACCGACACCCACUGGAUCAUGACUGCACUGGGGCUGGUCACCCACUCUCCAAGGCAGGGCAUGCGGCCACUGACAGAGCUCAAAAGUCGACCAAAGCACCUGCAUGCACCACGUCUAGCAGUGAGGCCAAGAGAUCUGUCGCAAGCCCACCAACCCCCAGCAGAGCCAGUGAGAUGGCAAGAGUCCCCCAGCACCAAAGCACAUCUCCUCCACUUAUGGCCCUACAGAAUGGACUGAGUGAGGAGGAAGCACUGCAGCGAGCCUUGGAAAUGUCUCUGGCAGAAACGGUGUCCAGUCAACAGCAGUCCAGCAGGUACAACACUGGCAUCUCUAUCUGGAACAGAACCCAGGAGGAGGAGGAUCUGGCACUGGCUCAGGCCCUUUCGGCUAGUGAGGAGGAAUACCGGCGGCAGCAGCAACAGGUGAGCAAACUGAGGGCUCAAAGCGCAAAGCCUUCCAACUGUUGCCUCUCCUGA